CACACACUGGGUAUGUUCGGCGCGCCAGACACCUCCUCCGUCGUGCACGAGCAGCCGUGGCUCGAGAAGUACCGCCCGCGCGAGGUCAAGGACAUCGUCGGCAACGAGGACACCGUCGGCCGCAUCGCUGUCCUUGCGGCGCAGGGCAACAUGCCGAAUCUGAUCCUGUCCGGCCCCCCCGGGACCGGCAAGACCACCUCUGUCCUCGCCCUCGCCCGCGCGCUGCUCGGCGACGCCUUCAAAGAGGCGGUCCUCGAGCUGAACGCCUCCGACGACCGCGGAAUCGACGUCGUGCGCAACCGCAUCAAGAGCUUCGCGCAAAAGAAGGUCACCCUGCCGCCCGGCCGCCACAAGAUCGUCGUCCUCGACGAGGCGGACUCGAUGACCGAGGGGGCGCAGCAGGCGAUGCGGAGGACGAUGGAGAUCUACUCGGCGACCACACGGUUCGCGCUCGCGUGUAACCAGAGCGACAAGAUCAUCGAGCCGAUCCAGUCCCGCUGCGCCAUCCUGCGCUACGGCAAGCUCUCGGACCAGCAGGUGGUGACGCGGCUGACGGCGGUGCUGCAGGCGGAAGGCGCAGCCUACGACGAGGGCGGCAUCGAGGCGGUCGUCUUCACGGCCGAGGGGGACAUGAGGCAGGCGCUGAACAACGCGCAGGCGACCACUGCGGGGUUCGGUAUCAUCUCGAACCAGAACGUCUUCAAGGUGUGCGACCAGCCUCACCCCGUCGUCAUCAAGCGAGCCAUCGCCGCGUGCAUCGCCGCGGACUUCGACGCGGCUUGCUCGGCCGUCGAGGAGCUGUCCAACAACGGGUACAGCGGGAUGGACGUGGUGGGCACGCUGUUCAAGCUAGUCAAGUUCGAAGAGAUGGACGAGGGGCUCAAGCUCGACUUCAUCAAGGAGAUCGGCGCCGCGCACAUGCGCGUGCUCGACGGGAUGGACACGCUGCUGCAGCUGACAGGCCUCAUCGGCAAGCUCUGCCUCGCCGCGCAGCAGCGGAAGGGCGCGCCGCGCGGCUGACCAUCUCGAGGCGGACCGUCCCGGUGCCGGACACGCGACGCCCGACCACGGAGACCAGCGCAGCGCACCCGGCUCGCCACGACCGGAAGGGGUCCGCCGGUGUGUAUGAGCCACGCAGUGCACAAAAUGUACGUUACGACCCAGUAUAUGUGAACUCCACUCCACUAUAAACCC